AACAUUUGAUGGUUACGCCCGUUGAAAACCAAAAGACAGUAAACCAUCUGCCUAGGAGUUAUGACAUGACCCUGAACUACUUUUUUCUGACAAAAUAAAACCCAUCAGUAUUUAUAACAUUAAACUACUUUUAUCUAAAACAUGUUACGGACACUGUGUCGAGCCGGUUGCGCCGUAUUAAAGAACUCCCAGUGCACUGUGCCCAGGUUAUGGGUGACCCCAGGGCAGCAGCGAUGGGCCUCCCAUUUACCCAUGAACACUGUGGUUCUGUUCGUGCCACAGCAGGAGGCCUGGGUGAUCGAGAGGAUGGGUCGCUUUCACCGGAUCUUGGAGCCGGGACUGAACUUUCUCAUCCCCAUACUCGACCGAAUUCGUUAUGUGCAAAGCCUUAAAGAGAUUGUUAUUGACAUCCCGGAACAGUCCGCUAUAUCCUUAGAUAAUGUGACGCUGCAAAUUGAUGGCGUUCUCUAUUUGAGAAUCUUAGACCCUUUUAAGGCUAGUUACGGUGUAGAGGAUCCAGAAUAUGCUGUCACUCAGCUUGCGCAAACCACAAUGCGUUCUGAACUGGGCAAACUCACACUGGAUAAAGUGUUCAGGGAAAGGGAAUCUCUUAAUUCCAACAUUGUCCACUCCAUCAACCAGGCGUCGGACGAGUGGGGAAUCCGCUGCCUGCGUUAUGAAAUCAAAGAUAUACAAGUUCCACCUCGCGUUAAAGAAUCAAUGCAGAUGCAGGUGGAGGCUGAGCGUAGGAAGAGAGCCACAGUGUUGAAGUCUGAGGGGACACGGGAAGCGGCCAUCAACGUCGCAGAGGGUUGCAAGCAAUCCCAAAUCCUGGCUUCAGAGGGAGAGAAGGCAGAGCAGAUCAACAAAGCAGCUGGUGAGGCCCAAGCUAUCUUAGCCAAAGCAGAAGCCAAAUCCAAGGCCCUUCGUCUGUUGUCAGCGGCUCUGGCUGAACAGAACGGAAAUGCCGCGGCCUCACUGAGUGUCGCCGAACAGUACGUCUGCGCGUUCUCCGACCUCGCCAAAGUGUCCAACACUGUGCUCCUGCCCUCCGACACCGGUGACGUGAGCGGAAUGGUCACACAGGCCAUGACUAUUUACAGCACGUUAUCCAAGCCGACGUUAAAAGUUCAAAGCGUAAAGACCGAGACGGACGAACCCAGCCAAGAGCCUCCGGUCCGGGCCACAUCGGCGCAGUAACAGGGGACACCGUGACCGCACUAAACUGUAGUAGACACAAAAAGGAGGAAGCCGUUUUCCACAAUUAUGAAGCGCGAUGGCUCGGCUGUGUGAGUUCUACGAGUGUCUGGUGUAAAGGGCGCUCUAUCUACUUCAGGGCACAGGAUGUCAAGACUGAAAAACAGCACUUGAUAAACAGAGACGAUGCCGAGCAAGGACAGCUGGGGAAAAAGAGAGACACUGAACCGUAAAUCAUGUGACCUUUGUUGGUCGGGUGUUGUACCUGAUCUAAUUUCACUAUGCUGUGAAUAGUAUCUGUGAUAAGGACGCAUACUCUGCCAGUAUGUUGUAUGUAUGUUGUGUUAAUGGUGCACAGACAAAAACAAAAGAAACGGCAGCUUCUUAAUUACCUCAUCACUGCUGAAUAGACAUAGAGUGGCUGUGAGAUUAUAUGCAGAUGUGACUGAACAUUUUAGUCCUCAGUUAAGCUUCUAACAUGACUCAUUUCUGUGUUGUCACUCAGCCUGAUUUCCUAUGAUUGGAAGAUCAUUUAUUAUUUCAAAUGCAGUUUUUUUUUUUAUUUAUUUGCAUUUUCUAUAUUAUUUAUAUCUCAAGAGAUUAAAUGGCUUUUGGAUUUAGUUCAAAACUUAAAAAAAGCCUUAAGAAGAUAUAUUGAAUAUAUUUUUUGGAGAUGUUGGGGUGGUGUGUCAGCAUUAAGAAAAAAGACAGAAAUAAAAGUGUCUAUUGUA